UUGUUGUUGUGGUGUCCGCCUUUCUAUUUCACGUAGAGACGAACGGUCAUAUUCUGUUCUGGGUAUUUGCUGUUGUUGGUCAAGUGAGGGAAAAUAAUGGUUUAGCUUCUUGCAAUUCAUAUUGAAGGCAUAACCUCCGUACGUACAUUUCAGCAUUGAGGUUUUUGGUGAAACUGCUCCGUUUCUAGUUUUCGCAAAGUAAAUCUGUUAGAUUUUUGGGCUAAUAAGCAAUAUCAAGAUGCCAAGUAUAGAUGUUAUUAAAUCAAUUUUUGACAUGACUCAGGGAUCUACAAUGUUGAAAGCUGGAAGAAUGGGAAGGCCUCAUUUCAGACGCUUCAGGUUAUUGGAUGACCUAAGUGGACUUCAGUGGGAAUCACCCAAAAAGGAUAAAGGAGAUUCUUCGGUUACCAUAAAGCAAAUCGAAGAGCUUGUACGAGGCCAAAACACCAAGGUUUUUCAAGACAAUCCGAUACCUGAAUACGAGUCUCUUUCCUUCUCGCUGAUUUAUAAGCAAGGUACUGUGGCUCGCUCACUGGAUAUCGUUUGCAAAGACAGGAAUGAGUUUGACACUUGGACUGUUGGUUUAGAGGCAUUGCUUGGUGGAUUCGGUGAUCUCGAUGCAGUAAGGGAAUUUAGGACUUCUCAGGAAGACAGCAUCUCUGACAAGGCUGACAAACUUAGCCUUGAGUUUGGGUUUGUUGGAGAAACUGUCUCUGUAAGAGAAGAUGCAUGCGAUGUUUACACUUGGGGAUCCAGCUACAAGGGAAUGCUCGGACACGGGGAAGAAACCGAAGAAGUCAUCCCGCGGGUAGUGGAAGCUCUGCUCGGGAGAGACGUGCGCCAAGUGGCAUGUGGAACGGAACAUAUGCUUGCAGUAACCUCUGCCGGCGAGCUGUUUUCAUGGGGAUGCGGCCGAGGAGGCAAAUUAGGCCAUGGUGACAUUCAGGAUCGAUUUACACCCCUCAGAGUAGGUGCAUUAUCCGAAGAGAAAGUCGUUGGCAUAUCCUGUCACGAGCUCCAUUCAGCAGUUGUUACAGCUGAGGGAAACUUGUACGUGUGGGGCAGAGCAGAACCAUAUCUUGGUUUCAAGACGAACGCGAGGAAGCAAACACUACCGCGCAAAAUUGAGGAUUUGAGCAACGUAACACAAGUUGCUUGUGGAUUAGAUUUCACCAUAGCGUUGACUGCAGAUAGCCAGUUGUACUCGUUUGGAGAAAAUGAACGAGGACAACUGGGACUUGGAGAUACAGAGACUAGAACGUUUCCUGCAUUGAUUGAAUGCCUCUCAGAUGAAAAAAUCAUGCAUAUUUCAUGCGGCACAUCUCAUGCUGGCAUCGUAACAGCCUCUGGAGAUGUCUGGAUGUGGGGAUCGAAUGACUAUGGCCAGCUUACGUCACCGGAGCUUACCGAUUUCCCCCAACCAUUCAAAGUACCUCCGACAUACUGGAAUGAGUUUAUAUGCAGCAUAAGUUGCGGUGGCCGACACACAGCUGUCCUUUCCGCAUCUGGAACCGUUUACUGUUUUGGUGAUGGCAGGAAUGGCCAGCUUGGUGUGCGCGUUAACAAGCAGAGUGGAAUUCUGAGCACGCCGUCCGCUGUUCGAAUUAACGGUGGCCAAUCGAAAAUUGCCCAGAUCGCUUGCGGGGCCGUCCAUACUGCAGCACUAUCUGACGAUGGGAAGUUAUACAUUUGGGGAAAAGGAAGUUCAGCAAGGUUGGGCCAUGGUGAUCAUAGAGAUAGGGGGAUUGCAAAUGAAAUUGAAUCGAUGAUUUACAAGAAAGUGAAGCAGGUUUCCUGUGGAGGUAGAAUCACGGCUGCUUGUGUCAUAAGGGCCUGGGUCCAAGACCAGGAAACGAAGAAUUGCAUGGCCUGCAAAUUGAAGUUUACAACUGUCCGGAGAAGGCACCACUGCCGAAAAUGUGGCGGCAUAUUUUGUGCGAACUGCUCAUCUAAAAGAAUUCCUAUCCUCGAAAUUGGAUAUAGUGAUCCUGUUCGUGUUUGUGAACGAUGCUAUCACACACUCAGCGAUAUCAAUGCUUAGAUGGCUAACAUUUAAGAACAAUUGUAUGCUGUAGCUUCCUGUUAUUAGUUGUUUGUUUCGAAAGCAAUUAUAGUAAAACUGUCUCAAUUUUCCUUUAAUGUUCGAUUUUGCCAAUUUGUAAACAUUUAUUUUUCGUAAUGUUAAACUACAAUGGACCUAUAUUUUAGAUCCAAUUGCCUUAAUAUACACUGAUCGUAGUCUGUAGGGUUUAGAAACUUUUGGUCAGAUCUCAAGCAGAUAAAAACCAAAGAGUCAAGUUUUUACAGUCACAAAUUCUAUUACUUUACUUUCAAGUAAGCUUCUAAAUGCAGUAAUAUGCCAGUUUUCUCAUUUCUGGUUUAAGAAAUAUCCCACAUUUCAAUGAUUUUCGUGAAAUUCUCUAACCCUUUUCUAUUUCAAUGUCAAUUUUUUUUAUCUCCUAGAUGCUUUGUCUACAAACCAAGCAUUAAUUUUGGGUGAACGGGUGUUUGGUUAUUUAACUGAAAAUUAAAAUCUUGCAUUUGUAGAGCUUUGGUCCACAAUUUUGGAAAUCUAAAUGUCAUCUCGAGUGAGCAGGUUUAGCAAACAUCAUGAAUUUCCAAUUUAUCUUGGAAUCUUGUUUUCAAUGAGCGUAUUGAUAUUUACUUAGAAUCUUGUCAUUAAACAGGCCUGUCAUUGUUAAAUAUUGUUAAUAAGCUAUUUUUGCUAUAAGUUAAUUGAAAUUUUAUAAAUUUUGUUAUCUCCCAUAUAUGAUUUCUUUGCGGGAAUAUUUGAAUGCAGAAAUGCAAAAAAGGUCUUUUAAUGCAUUAUGGCUUUAUUUUACUUAAAAAUUUUGAAGAAGUUUUUCAGUUAUACUACACUGGUCAGCACCUAUUUUGGUGCCAGAACAGAAAUAUUUUUCGGACACUAAACGCAAGUAUUAUUGCGCUCAUAUUUCAUAUGUUUACAGCGUUGGCUAAAAGACUCUUCCCUAUUUGUUAAUUAUUAUUGAAAUCGGUUUAAAAAAUUCUUCAAUUCCUCUCCAACAUCUGAUUAUUCGUUUGAUGCAGUGCAGAUCAAAGCAGUAAACUUCAAUGAGCUAAGGCCCACUCGCAGGCCUUGGGUUUGUCAGUAUAUGCCGAACGAGGCUGCAAUACUAGUCUGAAAUCCUGAAGUGUCCUGCUACACAUUGGAACAACUUAUCAUAAAAGAAAUCGAAACUUCGAUGAUCUUUACAAACAGACGAUUCAUGCUUAUUUCCCAGUUAAGCUAGGUGAUCAAAACAGAUCGAUGCAGUGGGCCCGUUUAUUGUUUGCAGACAUGCAAGGAAUACAUUCGGCGUCAGUGGACUAAUGAACUCGCAAACCAUUCAAUUUCGACAUUCUAAUAGUUCGGCGUGAGUCACAGAAUCACGAUAAUGACCGCAAUUUUUCAUUUAUUGAUUAGAGGGUUGAACUGGACACUUGCCUAAAAUGUUCUAUCAGACCUGCAUUUCGUUCCGAUUAUGUUUUGAUUGUUGUUUUUAAUGGAUUUCUCUUGAAAAGGGUGACGAAUCUGUUUGAUCAGGAGAAAACUACUGACCUGAUUCACCAUUUAAACAUACCGAAAGAAUCAAUUAUUUUUGAAAGUAGGAUACCAGGCACAGGGGAGCUGUAACAGUCUAGACAAGUUUGGUAACUUGUCUAAAGCCCUUCUUGCUAAACAUGUGCUCCGCAUCCCUGAAGGCAGAUUAAAACAAUUGCGUUUUUACUGGCCCCAAGACAGCAGGAAAUUCAUCAACAAUUAGAGCUUCAGAAAUUACAUAUCUGUUUUGAAAUUAAAUGCCUGGAAGCAUUUGUCAAAAGUUAUUUAAAAAUAGGUCGGAGAAACUGCAAGGAGUAAGUUGUAAGGGGAUACUACGUAGGUGGGGCUCAGGGCUUUUUAAGGAUAUCUGACUAGUGGGCCAAAGGCAUAUGAGGGUCCCAUUCCUUAGGCAACCAAGUUUGGUCUGUUUGUCCCUUGACUCCCUCAGCCCGCUAGGCGUCAAGAAUGAAUGCAAGAAUGAAUGCAUUUCUUGUGCCGACCUCUUUAUUAGCGUAUUUCUAGAAAACUGUGGUGAUAUAGGUGAUGAACAAGGAAUGCGGUUAGAAGAUAAAAGAGAUUAAAAAGAGAUAGCAAGGAAGAUAGUACAAAAUACUGAUAGCAGAUAAGAAAGCUUGAAAAGGAUGACGGCUGUUAAUCAUUAUUGAAGAAAGAAAAUUCUAUCAAAGUUGUCCAAUUUUGCAGCUGACUUUCAUAAGGACUAAUCUUUCAAAGUAAAUGUCUUUCCCAUUAUUACUUUGCUAACACGAUGCUGAAUCAUAUUAAUUUUUUUUAGCAAUGACGAUUGAACACUCUUUUUAACCUCAAGAACUUUGGUCUCAUGUUCAAUUUUCUAUCAAAAGGAUUGGCUCCCUUUCGAAGGAUAUAUGUCAUUCGAUACGUGCAGGGCUCUAAAAAAACAAAGUGUCACCAAAAACUUGCAAAUGUUUUAGCACAGGUCUACUUCUCUUUGAUGUUUUACCAUUUUGUAGUUUUUGUUAUUUUUGUAGAAAAUGCAAACGCUGGAUAGAAGAGAAAAUGGUAAUUAUAAUUAUUUUGUUAGAAUUGGCAUGUAAGAUGUUGUGUCAAGAAUCGGUCAGCAUAGGUGGGGGUGGGAGGACAAAGGUAUUGAUCGCCUAUUGGCGUCAUCAUAUAAGUUGGAAUAAGUCAGCUUUUCAAGUCAGCCGAUCGCAUUUGCAUUCCCUGGAUACACCACUGCACUCUUUAGCUCUUCAGUUUGUGAAAUGCUCUUCCAUUGCACAAUGCAUUGAUUGUUUCUGCGUCGCAAGCGUUUUAUUUUAAGUAAGUUUUAGAGUGCAUAACCAGAGACGGCACGAGACUUUGCAUUUGAUGCUCAAAUCAUCCUUGAAAGGCUUAAAGAAUAAACCUCGAAUAAUUGUAAACGACAAAGGCAUACUUUAUACUGAACCACUGCUUCCAAAGAAAGGCUUAUACUGCCAACCGGGAAAAUCUCAUACUGACAGUUGGAGGCAUCAAGCAUUGCAAUUAUAUUGUAACAACGACUGCCUAAUAGAAUGGCAUUCCAAAUAUUCAGGGGAGUACAAGCUCCUUUCGUUUCUUUCACUUCUACCAUCCAAAGCAAACUUGCUGGCCUUCUAAAAUCCCCUUUUCAUUAAAAGAAGAUGAAAUUGUCUUGCCAUUUUGAAUAGUUCCUUAUGUUUUACAUAAACAACAACAAUUCGUCGAAUUUUCUUUACCCUAUGGUGUACUUGGCCUUACAUAAGUAGAAGAUAGAGAAAAAUGAAAUGCCCUGAAGCAAGAAACUGAAUCAGUUUUGCACAUUAAGUUAAUGGAAGAAAGUUGUGCUGGUUUGAAAAAUAAUUGAUUUAACAAUGAAAAAUAU